AUUUUUUGAUCAUUUAUUUUUAUUAAAUGUUCUAAUGACUAAUUUGAAAAAAUAAUGUAAAACUAAUUAAUUAUUAUUUUUAAAAAUUAGACAUUGUUUAAUAAAUUUAAAUAUGUUAUUUUUAUUAGUUAUAGUUUUAUGUGUACUAUUUGUAUAUUUAUUUUAUCGACGGUUGCAAUGGAUGUCCAAAUUGAAGAGGAAUGGCAUUCGGGGCCCAAAACCGCACAUAAUAUUUGGAAAUAUGUUUGAUUUCAAUGGAUUGAAUUCAAUAGAAAGACAAAAUGUUUUGCUUCAUAAAUACGGUAAAGUUGUCGGCUAUUACAAUGGCGCCAAACCAACGGUGCUGGUGGCAGACCCGGAGCUCUCAAAACACAUCCAAAUAAAAGACUUUCAGUAUUUCUAUGAUCGCCAGCAUUUUGUGUUGAAAUAUGGCACAAAUCCUAUUCCCGUAAUGAGCGGUGCCGUCCAUCGGAGUCGAGGCAGCCGUUGGAAAGAGAUUCGCAGUAUAUUGACGCCAACGUUCAGUGCGGCCAAACUCAAGACAAUGACACCACUGAUUGAUGACGCGAUUAAUACUUUAUUAGAAAUGGUUGACAAAAAUUCGCGCGAAGACAACGAGUUCGAUAUCUAUGAUCUGUUCCAGGGAUUAACUACUGAUGUGAUCGGACGCACAGCUUUCGGUAUACAAAGCAAUGUUCAAAUGGAUCCGAACAACAAGUUUUUGAAAGCGGCCAAAGAUGUGUUUGCCGCCCGACCGGGCAGUAAGUGGUACUCAGUUGCCGUCAAUUGUUUUCCUCAAUUGGAUCACAUUUUAUACUACUAUCGUCGCGCCGAAGAGUUACUUAAAGAUCGAUUGGGACGAUCACCAACUGGUAUACUCUUGGAUAUGAGUCAAGAGAUAAUUAAUAUAAGAAAAACCAAUUCAAAUAUGAAACGUAAAGACCUCUUGCAGUUGAUGAUGGACUCGAAAAUAUCGGGUCAAGAGUUUUUCGAUUUAAGUGAUCAUAAACUUACUGCCAGUACUGAUCUACAAGAAAGUGAUGUCUCGAAUAAUAUAGAAUUAGAUACUAGUCUUCAAACAAAAGUUGCCAAACAUGACAUCCGACUGUCUGAAGAUGAAAUCAGAGCUAAUUGUGUACUGUUUUAUGAGGCCGGGUAUGAAACGACGAGUACAGCACUGGGAUUUGCCGCACAUAUACUGGUCAACAAACCCGAGGUUCAGGAACGGGUCAGACGUGAAGUGCUGAAACUAUAUGAAACUGAAGGACGGCUAGACUUUAAUACCGUUACCAAACUCGAGUACAUGGAGUGGAUGCUCAACGAGACUAUGAGAUUGUAUCCACCGUUGAUUACAUUUGUUACACGAGAAACCAUUGCUGACUAUUCAUACGGUAACAUAACAAUACCGAAAGGCACGUCCGUACAGUUUGCCACAUAUUUCAUGCAUCACGACCCGGACCAAUGGCCCGAUCCGGAAAAGUUUGAUCCCGAGCGGUUCAGUGCUGGGCGACGACAUGAGGCGCACCCGUCAUCGUGGCAACCGUUUGGCAACGGACCCCGUAAUUGUGUGGGCAUGAGGUUCGCAUUUUUUGAAAUGAAACUAUGUUUGGCCAAACUAUUGCUCAAUUACCGACUGGAACCGGGACCGCGAACCGAAAGGGGAGAAAUCACUGUCGAUACCAAAUUGGUUUCAUUGUGUCCCAAAUACGGUGUAUUUGUUAAAGCCGUCAAAAUUAGAUAA